CGGGGCCGGCGGGCUGGCGGCGAGCGCUGGGGAGCGCGCCCUGGGAGCCAGGAGGGAGGAGCGCGGGGAGCGCGGGUAGCCGCCCGCCCUCGCCUCCGUGCCGCCCGCGCGCAACAGUUCCCGCAAAGUUGCAGCCUGGGAGGCGGGCGCACCCAGGCGGCCGAGGGGCGGGUGGCCGGUGAGGACGCGGCCUCGCGGCCCAGCGCGUACCGUCCCGGCGGGCGGCAGCAUGGGUACCCGGCAGACCAAGGGCAGCCUGGCGGAGAGAGCCAGCCCCGGCGCUGCGCCGGGCCCCCGCCGCGAACGGCCAGACUUCUGGGCGUCGCUGCUGCUGCGCGCCGGAGACAAGGCAGGGCGCGCGGGCGCUGGCGCGGGGCUGCCCCCCUACCACCGGCGCGUCGGCAUGGUCCAGGAGCUGCUGCGGAUGGUGCGCCAGGGCCGGAGGGAGGAGGCGGGGACGCUGCUGCAGCACCUGCGCCAGGACCUGGGCAUGGAGUCGACCUCCCUGGACGAUGUCCUCUAUCGCUAUGCCAGCUUCCGGAACCUGGUGGACCCCAUCACACAUGACCUCAUCAUCAGCCUGGCACGCUACAUCCACUGCCCUAAGCCGGAGGCCGACGCUCUGGGCGCCAUGGAGAAGCUGUGCCGCCAGCUGACCUACCACCUCAGCCCACACUCCCAGUGGAGGCGGCACCGAGGGCUGGUGAAGAGGAAGCCACAGGCCUGCCUCAAGGCGGUCCUGGCUGGAAACCCUGCAGACAACACGGUGGACCUGUCGGGCAUCCCACUGACCUCCCGGGACCUGGAGCGCGUCACCGGCUACCUGCAGCGCUGCGGAGAGCAGGUGGACAGCGUGGAGCUGGGCUUCACAGGCCUCACGGAUGACAUGGUCCUGCAGUUGCUGCCGGCUCUCAGUGCCCUGCCCCGCCUCACCACACUGGCCCUCAACGGCAACAGGCUCACCCGGGCCCUGCUGCGGGACCUCACUGACACCCUCAAAGACCCCAGCAAGUUCCCCAGUGUCACGUGGAUAGAUCUGGGCAACAACGUGGACAUCUUCUCCUUGCCCCAGCCCUUCCUGCUCAGCCUGCGCAAGCGUUCUCCAAAACAGGGCCAGCUGCCCACCAUCCUGGAGCUUGGGGAGGGCCCAGGUGCUGGGGAGGAGGCCCGGGAAGGCACUCUGGGCCAGGACCCUGGAGGGAGCCCUGGAGUACUUGCCACAGACCACAAGGGCAAGGCAGCUGGAUCUCAGACGUGACACACAACUGGAAGAGCCCACCAGAGAAUUUCUAGGGUAGGAGGGCUAAGGCAGCCUGGGGCUCCUCCCAGGAGCGCUGGGGCUAUUGUGCGGAUCAGUCUGGGCCACAGACAAACCCCAGCACCUAAGAAGGGAUUGGUGCUGAGUUCUCUCCCCACUGUAAAUCUCAGCAUAGCCUUGUGGCUGUUGGGACGUCAUUCCCAGCUGGAGACUGCAAGAAACCCUCUCAGCUCAGCCUUUGGCCUCCCCCAGACUGCGGUUGUGGUGGAGCAUAGGCUUUAGAGAUGCCGGCAGCUACAGCCAAUAGUAUUCUAGAGCAUUCUCCUAGAAGUCUCCAGGCCCAGAAGUUUUUUUCUUUGAGACAGAGUCUCUCUAUAUAAUUCAGGUUGGCCUUGAACUCAUUGUGUACCCCAGACUGGCCUGAAACUCUGAGUGAUACUUGGCACAUCUAGCAUUUUUUCCAAUUUUCCCAUUAGAUUCAUCCCAUCUCUCAAGUGCAAACACAUGAUCUUAACUGUGCCCCACACACAGGUUUCCUCUUCCUCAUUCAAUGAGCCUAGUACCUCUACCUAGGCCAAGCAUAGAAGGCCCACACCCCCUUGGGGAGCCCCAACUUCCACUGGAGGCCGCCUUCCGGUGAAGAUGAGUUACCUCUACUUAUAGCAUUAUGGAUGCCACCCAGCAGUGGCCAAGGUAGGCCAGGUGCCAUCACAGCAAAGGCACCAGCAAACCCCAGGGCUUGCUACAGCCUCACCCCCACUGUACAGCCCUGUGAUGAGCCUUGCUUCAGUCUCAGCCAAAAAUAACCUACUAGCUGGGUUUCAGAACUUUUACAAAUUCCUUUUCCAGCGUGAGAUUACAGCUCAGCUGUGCCUGCCUGACAGUACAAGGCCCUGCAUUCAAUUCCUACUAGAAAAAAAAAAAAAAAAAAAAAAGUUCCCUUUUCAUCUAAUCUCUAAUCCAUACUUUGAACCCAUCCCUAAAACCCAAUACAGAAGGCUCAAAAAACCCUAGGACCCUCCAGACAAACUCUGGGCAGCAUCUCUGUAGGUGCCUUAGAGCCCAACUCCACAAAGGUUUUAUCCUUCCAGUCCCUUAACCCAAUACUGGUAAAAAACCUACCAGAGUUUUAACCUGUCUGCCAACUUUUUCAAUGCUCUAGACACAAUUCCUAGUCUCUAGCAAAACAAAACCAGUCUUAAACCAGAUUAAUUUAGGACUGGGUCAAACAAAACUUCACGGGCAAAACAAAAUACGGGGAGAAACACUGUACAAUACUGCCAAGAACCGGCCUCUGGCAUCCAGUGAAUGUUCUACACAGGAAGGCAGCAAGACACACGCUGCACAAGUCCUCACCUGAUACUAAGUAUGGUACAGGCCACCUCAGCCACAUGCUUCACAGGACAAAGCAGCACGGACUAGAAUCAUGAAGGGAUGCCUUAAGUGCUUCACGACUGUCGCCCUUGAAAAGUCUACAGUUACAUGGCAAGACGGACCACAAGUUUACAGACUUUAAUGCUAAUACUGUUAAUACUUUAUCAUAGUCAAAUUUAACUUUUCUCCAAAUAUAUAUUUCUAAGAAUCAAUACCAAA